AUGGAGGAAAGAGAAUAUGAACGUCACCCAGGACCUUCUCUGACAAUGGCAUUUUGCGAUUACUGGUUAAAGUUUUCUGCACAGCCGGUACAGCGUAAAAUCAAGGCCCCCGAAGUUCAACUCAUCUUGUUCGGCCAGGCGAGAAGCAGUAGCCAAAUAUUCAGAAGAGAAAUGUUGGAUCUGAAUACGGCCAACAUAAACAGCAGCAUUGGGAUAGUGAACGUUCUACUCGCUGUUCUAUCGGAAGUAGGUGGAGACAGUAACAUCCGUCUUCAACUCCUCUAUGAUGAAUUUUACGCAGAGGACAUAAACAAACUUUUCCAUACGCGUGAAGCCAAGGAGGGCGUAGGGGUGACGAUGUUCAAAUAUGACGGAGGAAUAGACACUUUGACGUUUAUGCUUGCGUCCCCAAAAGGAACCACACUGGCCUUGGCUCUCUGCUCGCCGCAAAACUUCAUAGACAUCUUUCGGAAGAUGCGUCUCCAUGAGCUGAAAAGCUACACAGUAUCUUGGCUACUGAUAAACAGAGACGGGGAACUGACAGGUAGACUCCAGCAAGACCUCGAGAGCCAAAUCUACGAAGGAACUCAGGUCACACUGAUCACCAAUGCAUCGAAACUGAGAUUCCGAGUUUUUUCGACGAUGGUUGACCAUACUGGACAGAAAAUCUUUGUCAACGAGGGUAUAUGGAAUAAGGAAAGAAGCCUUCUGCAGCUGGUCAUGGGAAGUGAAAACCAGCACGACGACCUGCAUGGUCGACAACUGAAGGUAGCUGCCAACGACUUCGCUGGGUUCAUCGAAAUGAGUCAGGAUUCCGAGGUUCCUUCAGGGGUUGAUGCAGAGAUUGUCAUAGCCCUCGGCCAGUUUCUCAAUUUCACGUAUAAGAUAGUGAGGCCCGCCGACGGCAUGUGGGGAAACCCACUCCCUAAUGGAACUGUUACCGGAAUCAUUGGUAUGGUGGCUCGACACGAGGCUAGCUUCGCUAUCUGUGCAGUUGCUGUCUCAUACACACGAGAGACGGUAGUAGAUUUUGCUUAUCCAUAUCACCGGGAGCCUCUCGCCAUCUUUACAAGAGCCCCCAAGCUGAAGAGUAGAGCUCUGGCUAUCCUCUCCCCUUUCACAUUACAGGUCUGGCUUUGUGUUGCGGCAUCAACUCUGAUCACAGGGUUUGUGGUAAGACUCCAAGCGAAAGCGUCGAACGAACACGACUGGAGUUUCCAGCAAUGUGUCUUCGACGUAUUCCGAAACUUGGUCUAUCAGGCUCUUUAUUCUGGAACGCUGACUUCCUACUUGGCUGUUCCCUCAUACGAGACUCCAGUAGAUUCAUUGUACGAUCUCCCGAAGGCCAUUAAGGAUGGCUACACUCUCGGAAUCUUGAAGGAUACAACAAACGAGCUACUUUUCAGGGAGGCGAAGGAAGGCAUCUACAAGCAAGUGUGGGACUUGUUCAAUCACAAGAACCCGGAAGAGAGCUUCAUUGAUCGUCCAGAAACAGGAAUCCACAAAAUCCUAGAGAAGAAGUUCCUGUUCAUCGAAUUCAAGAUUUCGAACGAGAUCUUGAUUGGCAAGAUCGGGAAAGCCAAGUUCCACGUAGCACGACAGGCCUUCUACUACCACGGCAUCGGCAUUGCCUGUCCUCCGGGCGCCCCUUACAUAAGUGCUUUCAGUAAGAUGUUGCUGAGAAUGGGAGAAGGCGGUCUUAUUCAGAAGUGGUUUAAGAACGAGAUUGACAAAGUGUCUCAUGGAAAGUCUGAGGACAAUGGUAAUAAGGAAAUCAUCGGAGCCAUUGGACUGGACCAACUACAAGCUGCUUUCUUCAUGGUGCUCAUUGGCUCUCUGGCAGCCACGCUCGCUUUUGUGGUCGAAGUAUCAGCCAGCCACCUCAAGUGCUUCAGGUUCUCUGACUCUUCAAAUUAG